UAAGUGCAGAUAAUUAUAUAUUAAACUAACAACUGAAACUUAAGCACAAUAUGGCUAUUUCAAAUAUUUUGCAACUGAAUACCUAUUGUAUUUUUGAAAUAUUGCAUCAGAUUAGAAUCAAUUGUGAAAUAUCUAAAAGAACGGAUAGAUUGGAUAUAUUUACAUACGCAGAUCUCGUAAGUUUUGCGCUUGCCUGUGAAUGGUUUCGCGAUGUAUUCUGGAUAUGGAACCCCCGUCUUUAUGAACGUCUCGAGAUCGAGCAAACUUAUUUAAAUAAAUCUUCAAAUGUCAUCGUGGAAUUUGCCAAACAUUACAAACGACUGCAGCAUUCAAAGCAGAAAGAUAAAGAUACAUUUUGGAAAACGUUCAUGGAUGCACUUAAAUUCAAUAGCAACUUAGAAGGUGUCAAAUUGAUUUAUAUUAUUGGAGAUACGUAUUACAGCGAGCAUGGUGCUAUAUUCGACAUGCUCUUACGUGCACUUCAAGACAAUUGCAGUAGCCUAAAGUCAUUAGUAAUUGAUAUGUUAGGGUAUUCUUUAAGUAGUUUGCAACAGUUCCGUAACCUUGAGCACCUUCAACUAAAUGUAAGAAUUGAUGCUAUGGAGUUGGCUGAUUACUGCGAGUCGAAUCCAAACUUGACAAGAUUAGAGGUAAUGAGUAAUGAAAUUUACGGAAAGCUAACUGACAUUGUGCCGCAUUGCAAUCAAUUGGAAAGUCUCGCAUUUAAGGUGAAGAGCGACUUUGAUGACUCUGAAUAUACACCGGUAGCUAAAUUGCCAAAAUUAUGUGAUCUGCGAAUAGAAGGAGAUCACGAAAUUGGUUCCCUGAAUACACUUUUCAACGCAUUAGCUAAAAAUGAACAAACAACUCUUACAAACCUUAUGAUUGAUAAAGCUCCCAUCCAUUGUGAUGAGAUUGCCGAAGUCUUGAAAAUACAAACACUACAAAAAUGCAUAUUCAACGGAAUUCAAGGUCUUGUUAUAAUAAUUGACUCAAUAAGGUUCGAUCAAAACUUGGCAAAAGUAACUUUAUACUUUAAAAAGGAACUUGACGCUACCAAAUUGGCUAAAUUGGCUAGUUUAAUAAAUAUAACAUGCUUACUCAUUGUUGGAAAGCAUAAGAUCGGUUCGUUAACAAAACUCUUUACGAAGAUAGCUGAGCAAAAAUCGCCGAAGCUUGAACAGUUAAGAUCUACUUCAGAUAUGGAUUUUAAUAAAGAUCGAGAUAUUGAUGAGGAUAUUGAGAGCAUUUUUAUGCCGUAUUCGAGUGGACCCAUUACUACCCUGAAUAAUGAAGAGAUGAUCGAGGUCUUAAAAAUAAAGUCUCUGAAAGUUUUAGAUUGUCAAAUCGAUGAUCAUCGGGCUAUUGAAUUUCCAACCCGAUUGCCUAAAAUUGAAAAAAUAUCUAUAAAAACGUGCGGAGGCGGAUCUUUGGCGAAUCUUUUCCAUGCAUUUGCAUUACAAGAAUGCCCGAAACUCACAAAUUUAUCCAUUUUUGGUUUCCCACUCAGCCACGAUGAGAUUUUGGAAAUAGCAAAAGUUCAAUCCCUAAGUAGCUUAAAUUGCGGAUUUACCGAUUUGAACAGCAUUAAUUAUUUGACACCACUUAAUCAGCUCGAAUUACUUGUGAUUAACUCACAGCAUCAGCUCUACAAAGUUUCGGAAGCAGUUUUGAAUCUUUUCAUAGCUUGUAAUGGGAAUUUUAGUAUAUUUUAUGAAGACAAUCGCUUAAGUAUGGAUAAAAAUAUGCGAGCACUAACCAUAACAAUGAGUGAAAGUACAAGUUCUGGAGAUUUUGAACUCCUAUCAAAUUUGCCCAAUUUACCAAUUCUAAUAAUACAUGGAAAACAUCAGCUCGGAUCACUUACCCCCCUGAUGAAAGCAUUUGCCUCAAAACGAUCUUCGUGUCUUCAAGAAUUGUGCAUUGAAAUGGAUCCCAUUGGUUUUAAUGAAGUUACACAAAUUGCUCAAAUUAGAACAUUAAGAUAUUUAAAAAGCGAAUUCUCCGAUCUUGAAAGCAUUAAGCUCUUGCGAAAUUCGCCUAAUCUUGAAGUAUUGAGAAUAAAUUCGGAGCACGAUUCUCGGGAUAUAGGAGAAGGUGUUCUCAAUGUUCUAAUGGGAGGUGCAAAUGAAAUAUCUGUUUAUAGAUUUGGUCGAGAGAUUACGUUUAAUAAAAGUCUCCGUACGCUUACAAUUUCAAACGAUGGCUACACUAAUGCAGACUUCGACGCCCAAGAAUAUGCUGUGUUAGCUGAACUUCCAAAUCUUGGCUCCUUGCAUAUAAGAGGAGAGCACAAAAUAGGAUCAUUCAAAGAUUUAUUCCAAGCGCUUGCUGCAAGAGAAUGCUCAGUUCUUCAGGAGAUAAACGUAGAUAGCAGGAGUAAUGCGAUAGGGCAUCCCCCAAAACAAACAUUUAACUAUGAAGAAACAAUAGAAUUAGUCAAAAUAUUGACCCUAAAGAAACUAAAAUGCGGCUUUUCAGAUGGGAAGAGCAUUGAGCUCUUGUCGCAGCUAACAGACCUUGAAGAACUCGUGAUAACAACUCAUCCAGAAGGUUCCCUAAUACAGUUCCUGCACUCAUUAGUUCUGCGAGAAUCGUCGAAGCUUCGAUGUUUGGUCAUAAAAGACAAAUCACUUACUUGUGAAGAAACUGCCCAAGUGGCAAGAGUUAAAUCCUUAAGGAGAUUAGAAUGUGGAUUUGUCGAUGGGAAAAAUAUUGAAUUAUUGAUCCAACUGAAUCAACUGGAAGAACUUAUAAUAAGGAAUCUUGAACGAGACCCAAUGUCACGCCUUUUUCAUAUGUUGGCUUCUAUAGAACCCAAAACUCUUCAAAUCUUAAGUAUACAAAGUACACCCAUAUCAUAUAUUGAAACUGAGGCUAUUGCAAAAAUUAAAAGCCUACGAAGCUUGCAGUGUGAAUUCGCUGAGAUUAAAAGCAUGGAACUUUUAGUAAAAUUACCAGAGCUUAAAGAGGUCGCUGUCAAAUUUCAUGAGUCUGAAUCCGAAGAAAUUAAGAGUCUCGCGCAGUUAAAUAUGCUAACUGAUCUUCAAAUAACAUCACCAAAUGUUGGGUCUCUUACUGAACUCUUCAAAGAGAUAUCGCUAAAGCCAACCGGGCCGAUCUUACAAAACCUGGUUAUUGAAAAUAAUGACGUAGACGUAGAAGAGUUUCAAGAAAUAAUAAAGGUGAAAUCCCUACGACGACUUAAAUGUGGGUUAAUCGAAGAAAAAUGCUUUCAAGAUUUGCGACUUUUAAAAAAUCUAGAAGUUCUGGAAAUAACUUCAUAUCAUAACUUUGAUAAAAUUUGGCGCACCCUUUUGGAGAUUUUCAAAGUUUGCUGCAAACUAAAAGCAAUAGAUUUUCAUUAUGGCUCUCGAUUCGUUAGCCUGCAGUUCGUUAGUGAAGCUUUAAAGAUCCUCAGAGAAGUAAGAAAUCCAAUGGAACAGAGUCCACUACAGUUGCGCAUUCCAUUCUUUGGAGGCCUAACGCCUGAGCAAAUUGGUAUAGCUGAUGAAGCGUAUUUGAUUAUAUCUAGUUUUAAGAAUGAUUCGUAAUCUUAUUUUAAUUACGUUAAAAUGUUCAAAGGGAGAUCAAAUAUUUUUUGCUGUUUGCAUCUGGACAAAAAUACUCAAAUUGAAUUACUUAAUAAGCCUUUUUUUACUACUCAUUAAGUUUAUUGGACCAACGAUGGAAAUGUCGCCAAGUAGUGUUCCACACAAAGGUCGUCCUCAAUCGCAAUCUCUCAGAUUUAAUUUAACUAAUUCAACAGAGAAACAAUUGAAGUUGGCAACAGAAAGUCAAAGUUGAACUCGAUGGAAAGGAGGAGGCGGUCGCACCUUUGGAUGCCAAUAAAUUCGUUGCUAAUUAGGUAAUGAAAGUAUGUAAUUGAUGCUGGCCUCAGCGCCUUUAAGUUGUCCUAUACCCUGAAUUUUGCCGUCAGUUGAAAAUACUUUUUCAUGCAGAUCAAAGGGAAUGCAGACAUAGCUUUUAUACCCUUUUACUAAAAUCUAACGAGCAUGUAAAUCACGCACCAACACACUCGCAAACAGGCUUACUCAGAUACACAUACGUCAAGAACUGAAAAUAUAUAUACACAAGUCGAGGCAUAAAUCACAAUUUCUUAGCCAUUAAGACGAAACCGCAAAGAUUUGCGGCACUUCUAAAGUUGAUGAUGAAGCGAAAGCGUCGGGCUUUGGCUCCUAAGCGUCAUGGGCCUGGAAUCCAAAUGGGUGGGGCCAAGAGUUUGGGGCGUGUGGCAAGGACGGCAAAGAAUGCAAACCUCAAACACUGCCACAAACUAAAAGUUUCACUUAAAAUGUUAUUAAUCGUAAAUGAUAUUGUGGUGGGCUAACCAGAUGUUGCGCAGUGUAUUUAUUUAUAAGCUCUAAUAUUAGUUCAGAGAAAACUGUCUAUUACAAAUUCUAUUUCUAAUUUACAUUGGCCACAAUGUAAGAAGUUAGCUAAGUAAAAUUUCUCUCAGUGUAGAGACCAGAGUCAUGGCUCAACAAUUUCUUUGCUUGUUGCUAACAGGACAAGAGCCAUCACGACAUUUUGAAGAAGCCAACAAAAAUGUUUGGCACUCGCGACCAUAGAUACAUUUGU